AUGUGUGGUUUGGGGUGUUAUAGAGGGGGAGACAAUGCUGAAGCUGGUCCUUCCGAUGAUGCUGCUGAUGCUGUUCCAGCAACUGAAGCUGAGGCUGAAGCUCAUACAACAGAAGCUGAAGCUGCUGCUGUUACUGAUGACUCUCCAACUUCUUUUGAAGCUCCCGUAGCUGAGGAUGUUGAUGCCGACCGAGCUGAAGCUCGUGACGAUGCUUCUCCUGUCACCUUUGCAGCUGAUGCUGGUGAUAUGGAUGAAGAAAGUGAUGAUGAAGAAGGCGAUGAGUCCCCUGACCUUCCUGACACUGUCAAAGAUCUGGACGAUGAUGACGAUGAAGACAGUGAUGAUGACGACUUCAAAAUUCAGUACCAGAAACCUGCCGAUGCCAUGAAAGGUGUCGCCCUCAGGGAUUCUGCAUCCUAG